CUUCAACAUACUACACCACCACCACCGCUGCCCACGCAUCCUCCACUUUGUGCACUCUGUGCGCUCACACCGCCCAACUACGAACGCUCGCUUGAACACGCACGGAAGACAGCCAUCAUGGUGUCGUUCACGGCAGCGCUGCUGCUCGCAGGAGCGGUGAUGCAUGCGCGGGCGCAAGACUUCACAGACCUGGUCGGCACGUGGAGCAGCAAAUCCAACUCGACACUCACCGGCGACGGCUUCUACGACCCCGUCAACGACCACUUCACCGAGCCAAAACACACCGGAAUCAGCUACUCCUUCUCCGCCGACGGCUACUUCGAAGAAUCGUACUACCGUGCUGUCGCAAACCCCACAGACCCCAAGUGCCCCAAGGGCAUAAUCCAAUGGCAACACGGCAAAUUCGAGAAGUUCAACAACGGCUCCCUGAAACUGUAUCCCAUCAAAGUCGACGGCCGCCAGAUGUACUCCGACCCAUGUCUGUACGAGCACUCAAUCUACACGCGCUACAACGCGACUGAGAAAUUCGUGCGCUACGAAGUCAGCGUAGACGACUACCACAAGAUCAAGCGCUUAAACCUCUACAAAUUCGACGGCUCCCCCAUGAUGCCCAUGUACAUUGCCUUCACGACCCCCAAGAUGCUGCCCACCACCACGCUGAACCCGCUCGUCACUGCGACUGCGACCGCGAAGGCGAAGCGCGGGCUGCCUCUCCCUGAUCACGAGGUCUUGCUUAGGAAGAGCGGGAAUAUGGCGGACGGCGUGUUUUGGGCGGGCGUGCUGGCGAGUGGGGCGGGCGGGCUGCUUUGGUGGUUCUUCUAGAUGACCCGAGGAUUUGAGAGGAUGAAUAGGAUACGGGAAGAGAAAGCUUG